AUGGCUCCUUGGACUCAACGUCAUGCUCCACCUCCUCGCCCUCCUACUCUCCGUCAAACUUCCGCCGACCUGGUCUCCCGAGUACACAGCCCCUCGCUGACAGCACCACCUGGCCAGCUGGGACGUCUGCCAGACUAUGUGAUUUUGAAUAACUCGCACAUCCCCGGAGACUCGAGCUCUUCCGAAUCCGAUUUCCACCCAAGACGCCCUCGUCGCCCGACCCAUUCCCGGUCCAUGAGCCACCCCUUUCCCGCUCUAUUCUCAACCAAGAAAAAGCGCCCCGACACCACAUAUGAAUCCGAUUCCGACGACAAUGUGCCCGUCAUGACGAAACCGCAGGGUAAUACGCAUAAAAGGGGAGGCGCCAAUAGCGGCAGCAGAGACUUCGCUACGGGCAACUGCAUGACCUGCGGUUCUCUCGUCCGUUGGCCUCGCGAACUGAAAGUAUUCAAGUGCACCGUAUGCCUGACCAUAAAUGAUAUCCACACCGACCAGCAGACUGCCAGGGCCAACACCAACACCGGCCCCAAAUGGCUUCAGCGCCCGCCCCAGGAGUCGACGUCGCCCCAGAAGCAGCCUGCCCGUCCAGCCGAGCGGUACGAGACAAGACCAAUAUCUCUCGAGCAGACUAAGAGACUUAUUCGACAGUGCAUUCGGAGCCACUUGGCAAGGGCGAUCAGGAGAACUUCCAGCUUUGAGGAUGAACAGCGUGAAGUCCUGGAGAGGCACACGCCACCUUGCCAUGGGCCAGAACAACUCGACCGCCCGUAUACCUCGAGGACCUUCGGCCCUGCAAGCCAUCGGCGACAAACAAGUCACGACAACCGGUUGGGAUACACUUUCCCUCAACAACCUACUCUGCAUCCGAGCCCGCAGCGAGCGCCACCCUCUAGGUCGUUCUCCUCAUCAUACCCUGAACGUCCCCCCUCAAUGCGGCAACUCGCCGCCGAAGUCAGAGGGCCCCAGCCGGCAGACCCAAGAUAUUGGCAAGCCGACGACCCUAAGAGAAUAUUCAAGCCGCUAGAGGACUACAUCACCACUUGCUUCAGCUCAUUUCACUGCGUCAACUCAUCGUUUCUCUCCCGCCGCCCAGCGUUGGCAGUGCGAUCGGGAAGUGAGUCUGCCCCACGACGGCCAUCCGUUCCGCGACUCGAGCCGAAGCACUCCGAGCAGUAUGUUGAGUCGCCAAUUUGUGACCUUGACCCUAAACUGCUUCUGCUUGGGGACUUCGCUGAGAACGGAACUUGGUGGACGGGAAGCCAGACGAGCAGCCAGAACAGGGCGCGGCAUAAGAGGUCUGCCUCACAGCGGGUUGACGAUACGCCUUCCUUUGUCACACCCCGCUCUCCGCAGGUCGAUUGGAAUGAGCUUGCAGAAUGGUAUCGGUCCAUCCUCAAUGCAGCGGAACCAUGGGUAGCCAUUUACGAAGAGAUGAACAGAGAAGCAGGAACUGAGCCUUUGUCGGCGACGGAACUACGAGCUCUAGAAUCUCAAUUGCUCUUCGGUCAGGAACAUACUCACAGGGCCUUGCUGAAGGCUACUGAGAAUUUGUUGAAACGACCUGGCCGUCCUAUGACCGACCCUGAAGACCUCCGAUUUCUACUCAUCGUUCUAGAGAAUCCACUGCUCCAUGGGGAACCGAAUGUGUUCCAGGGACGUCGCAAGGAAAACGGCUUUCAACAACGCAGACGCGACGAUGCUUUUCAGGACGACAGACCGAUGUUGAAGACCGGCCCUGUAUCUGGACAGCACUCUGUGAUCAUCAAACGGAUUCUGGGUUUGAUUUCCAACUCAUCAAAUUCAUGCCAGAACCAUCUGAUCACAUGGUUCGCGCGUUACUCUGAGUCAAGGUUUAUCAGGAUCAAGGAUCUUUCUGCCGGGUUCCUCACGUACAGGCUCAUUCGGCAGAAUGAGAAAAAGCAUGAGGUUAGGGUGGACAUUACAGCCGGGCUGAUACCCAAUCUGAGUGCGGGCCACUCGGCGGCCUCGCUCCAUGCUGCGCUGGGAACGCAGAGCAGCUCCUCAAAGAAGCAAAAGGAACAGCCGAAAAAGAUCAUUUACAACGAAGACUGGCAGGUUAAGGCUGCCGCAAGAGUCUUGGCUUUAGUAUUUGCGGCCAAUAACAUGACGCAUAUCCGACGUCCGGACCAGAAGGCCAGUACCAGCAGCAGCAGCACUUUCAGAGGAGGGAUUCAGGCCCAUGGCCAAAUCAUCCCAACUAGCGACUUUUAUAAUACCAUGAUCGAUUACACUGAUCUGGUGGCUGAUUUUGAAGCCUGGGAGUCGAAGAGAGGCAGGUUUUCAUUCUGUCAGUAUCCGUUCCUGCUUAGCAUGUGGGCCAAGUCUCAGAUUCUGGAGCACGACGCCCGCAGACAGCAGAUGACCAAGGCUCGAGACGCUUUCUUCGACAGCAUCAUGACCCGAAGGGCUGUCACCCAGUUUCUUGUUCUUGACGUUAGACGAAACUGUCUGGUUGAGGACAGUCUGAAGGCAGUGAGUGAAGUUAUAGGAAGCGGCAGUGAAGACAUCAAGAAAGGGUUGCGCAUUGCUUUCAAGGGCGAAGAAGGACUCGACGCUGGGGGCCUCAAGAAGGAAUGGUUCCUUCUCCUCGUCCGUGAGGUGUUCAACCCCGACCAUGGCAUGUUCAUCUACGACGAGGACUCUCAAUUUUGUUAUUUCAACCCUAACUCCUUCGAAACUUCUGACCAGUACUUCCUUGUUGGCGUCGUAAUGGGCUUGGCCAUUUACAACUCCACCAUUCUGGAUGUGGCGUUACCGCCAUUCGCGUUCCGGAAACUUCUUGCAUCGGCACCGAGUGCUUCUGCUGGACCUUCUGCUCAUCCACGUCCGACAAUGAACUACACACUCGAGGAUUUAGCAGAGUACCGACCCCGGUUAGCAUCUGGCCUUAGGCAGCUGCUUGAGUUUGAUGGUGACGUCGAAGAAACGUUCCAACUCGAUUUUGUUGUCGACGUUGAGAAAUAUGGGACAAUAGUUCAGGUGCCUCUCUGCCCUGGCGGAGAGCGGAAACCAGUUACCAACGCCAACAAGUGGGAGUAUGUCAAUCUGUAUGUCCGGUACUUGCUUGAAACAGCAGUUGCCCGGCAAUUCGAGCCAUUUAAACGCGGGUUUUACACCGUGUGUGGAGGCAAUGCUUUGUCAUUGUUCCGGCCGGAAGAGAUUGAACUACUUGUGCGAGGCUCCGACACGGCACUUGACGUGGAUGCCCUCAGGGGCGUGGCUGAGUAUGAUAAUUGGGGCACGAAACAACCCGACGGUGCGGAACCGGUCAUUGGCUGGUUUUGGGAGACCUUCAAAGAGGCUACACCAGAUGAGCAGAGAAAGUUGCUCUCCUUUAUCACCGGCACUGACAGAGUACCGGCGAUGGGUGCCGCACUCCUUACAAUCAAGUUAUCAUGCUUGGGAGACGAUGAGAGCAGGUAUCCCAUUGCCCGAACAUGUUUCAACAUGUUGGCUCUGCAACGCUACAGUUCAAAGGAGCAGCUGGAGCGGAUGUUGUGGACUGCUGUCCACGAAAGUGAAGGUUUUGGAUUGAAAUAA